AACCCCAGUUUGGUUCCCAGCACACACAUCAGGCAGCUCACAACUACUUUAACUCUGUUUCAACACCUUCUGACCCUACAGUCAGCUACAUUUAUGUGCACAUAAUCCCCUCUCAGACACAUACUUACACGCAUAAUUAAAAAUAAAGUCUUUGGGGUAGAGGGUGCUGGGCAUGGUGGUAUAUGUGUUUAAUAACAGCACUUGGGAGGCAGAGGCAGGUGGAUCUCAGUAAGCUCCAGGAUUACAGUAAGCUAGGACUACACGGUAAGAUCCUGUCUCAAAGGGGUUGGGAGGACACAGAAAUAUUCACUUAUAGAGUGACUCCUCUUUGUUAGCAAAGGGAGUGAAGAUUGCUUAAACAGAAGGGAAAGUUGAUGAAUUGUCAUAAAAAAUGUGAAACAUGGCUAUGCAUACAGUAGAUAUAUGUGUCUGAUUGGGAGUUGAUACUUAUAGUACACACAAUAUGCAGAAGAUUUCUGAUUGGGAAAAGUAAAAAUCAUAAAUCAGGGAGAAAAGAAAAGCUAAAAGGAGAGGGGACAAAAGGUAGAAAAAGGCCGUUCACCAAAAAGGAAACCAGGAGUUUCAGCAGUGUGGUGCUGGGAUGCCACACCUGUGUUGUUUUUUAAAGACUAGAAGCUAAAAGUCCAGUUCAAGGAAAUGGGUAAAGAAUGCUAGCCAUGAUAGAACUAAUAGAACAUGGUAGAACAUAAAGAACUAAUAGUUUGAGGCUAGAAAUAUCUCUGUGGUUAAGAAUGCCUAUUGUUGGGAGCCCCGCGCCGGCGCCGUGACGUCACGCCCUGGAGCUGCGGGCCGGGCCGGGCGGCGGCAUGGCGGAGAGCGAAGCGGAGACCCCGGGCACCCCGGGCGAGUUCGAGAGCAAGUACUUCGAGUUCCAUGGCGUGCGGCUGCCGCCCUUCUGCCGCGGGAAGAUGGAGGACAUCGCCGACUUCCCGGUGCGGCCCAGCGACGUGUGGAUCGUCACCUACCCUAAGUCUGGUACAAGCCUGCUGCAGGAGGUGGUCUACCUGGUGAGCCAGGGCGCCGACCCUGAUGAGAUUGGCCUGAUGAACAUUGAUGAGCAGUUGCCAGUUCUGGAGUACCCACAGCCGGGUCUGGACAUCAUCAAGGAACUGACGUCUCCCAGGCUCAUCAAGAGCCACCUCCCCUACCGCUUCCUGCCCUCUGACCUCCACAAUGGGGACUCCAAGGUCAUCUACAUGGCUCGCAACCCCAAGGACCUGGUUGUGUCUUAUUAUCAGUUCCACCGCUCACUGCGGACCAUGAGCUACCGAGGCACCUUCCAGGAGUUCUGUCGGCGGUUCAUGAACGACAAAUUGGGCUACGGCUCCUGGUUUGAGCACGUUCAGGAGUUCUGGGAACAUCGCAUGGAUGCAAAUGUGCUUUUCCUCAAGUAUGAAGACAUGCACCGGGACCUGGUGACCAUGGUGGAGCAGCUGGCCAGAUUCCUGGGUGUGUCCUGUGACAAGGCCCAGCUGGAGUCGUUGAUCGAGCAUUGCCACCAGCUGGUGGACCAGUGUUGCAACGCGGAGGCCCUGCCUGUGGGCCGGGGAAGAGUCGGGCUAUGGAAAGACAUCUUCACCGUCUCCAUGAAUGAGAAGUUUGACCUAGUGUAUAAACAGAAGAUGGGGAAGUGUGACCUCACGUUUGACUUUUAUUUAUAAUAUCAGAAACCGCGAACUUGCAUGCUCACGGUCCCCAGACGCUCUACUAGCUAAAAAAAAAAAAAAAGUCCUGUUUGCGUUCAUUUAUUCCUUGCUGGACACACUCUGGAAGCUGCGUGGAAACAGCAGGGGACGAGCCCAGUGGAGAGAGCGAGGAGUGUGAUGAUGCUGUCCACAGCAGCCGCCUGGCCUGUAGCACUUGGGUUUCCACGUCGUGGCCACGCCACACACGCAGGCAGCGAGACUGUCUGCCCUGUACCCCAUGUUAUUCACUGUAUUUUAUAGCGCUUUUCACCGGAAAUCUAAAUAAAUCUCUGUCAACCAAAUGCAAGUCCAUUUCCGUGGGAGAGCAGGAACAAACUGUGCCAGGAUGGUAGGAAGCUCUCAGGGUUCACUGUAAUUUUUGUAGUCUUUUUUUCUAGGCACAGCCAUCCCACCUUGUUCUGAGAUCAGAGGAUGGGUUGGGAUCACAUGGGUUGGGUGGGUGGGGAGCUGGAUAGGUAGGUCUAGCCUGUGGUCUAGCCAGUCUUCCAGAACCAUCAUGACACCAAGCCAGGGCCUGUCCCAGGCCGUUUUUUAGAAACACCUCCAGGACGCAGCUCUCUGAGCCUAGAACAGAAGAGCCCAAGCAAAGUUCCUGGAGGGAGGCUGGCCCGGGGCUGCAGAUGGCAUCUGAAGGCAUUGAUGGUGCGUCAAGAGUGCCCACAGACACCAGAAUUGGUGUCUACCAUAGCCUUCUCUUUGUUCCCCAAGGCAGUGACUGACACACUCCCGCGGGCAAGAGAUGUGACAUCGCACGGUUUUAAAAUCCUGAGUUGCUGUCAUGAAUGUCCCCGCUGUGCCGACCCUCUCACCUAAGGGACCUAGCCUGCAGGUUGAUUGCUCUCCAUGCAGAUAGGAUUGGCAAAGCCCGCCCACCCGAGUGGGCACCUCUAUCCUCAGAGUGUCUGAGGGAGCAAUGCCACACACACACACACACACACACACACACACACACACACACACACACCUACCCCUGCUGUCUUCUGGCUCAAAUUUGGCCCAAGUGAUGGCCAGAUGAGAAGUGGACCAGCAGAUUGCCACUGGGGACUAACUGGCUCUGGUCUUUACCAGGCUAGGAAGAGCCCAGCGUGCUGGUGGGAGGCUCUGGCUGUAGAAGGGGCCCGCCGUGGGUGGUUCUCUGAAGCAGGUCUGGUUGCCGCUGGCGUUACCUCUGUCCAGGGAGAAGCUUGUGUGGGCCGGGUGCAUGACUCUGUGAGCUGGGCAUGGCAGCGUUUUUUUCCUGUGUGUCUGGGAAGGAAGGCUGCUUUCUGUGAAAUUUUGUUUCUAUUUUUCUAUUUUUAGUACUGUAUGGAUGUUCUGGAGCCACACAUGGUACUCUGUGCUUGCUUGCAUCUUUAAUAAAAGACACCUCCCUGCU